CCCGACCGCCCUGGGCAAAAUUUCAAGCUUGAACGGCGACGCGGUUCCCGUGCCCCGUUCCGUACCUGCAUCCUUUUGGGCAGUUCAAGCACCACACCUAAUACGCACAGCACCACUGCCUCCCUCGGCCUCAACCCGCCCAUCAUGUCCAACAAACACUGGGAGCAGAACAAGGAGGCCACCGUCUAUGUCGGCAACCUGGAUGAGCGCUUCGGGGAGGCGCUCAUGUGGGAAAUGAUGACGCAGAUGGGCCCCGUCGUGAACCUCCACAUGCCCAUGGACCGUGUUUCGCGCACCCAUCAGGGCUACGGCUUCGUCGAGUUCGACACCCCCGAGUCCGCCGACUACGCCGCGCGCGCGCUCAACGGCAUCCGUGUCUUUGGCAAGGUCAUCCGCGUCAACAAGGCCAGCGCCGACAAGCAAAAGACGGCCGAGAUCGGCGCCGAACUCUUUGUCAACAACCUGGACCCCCAGGUCGACGAGAAGAUCCUCUUCGACACCUUUAGUCGCUUCGGCCAGCUCGUCACUCCUCCGAAUGUCGUACGCGACGCCAACAACAUCUCCAAGGGUUACGGUUUUGUCAACUUUGACAGCUUCGAAGCCAGUGACACCGCCCGAGACACCAUGAACGGCCAGUACCUGCUAAGCAAGCAGAUCACCGUCGAGUACGCCUACAAGAAGGACGGCAAGGGCGAGCGUCACGGUGACGAGGCCGAGCGAAAGCUGGCUGCCGAAGGCAAGAAGCACAACAUUGUUCCCGAGCAGCAGCCUCUACCUCCAGCAUACCUCAUGUCCGCUCCCGCGUCAACACCAGCGGGGGCGACACCAGCAACUCCCACGGGCCCGGCCGCAGGACCUCCCCCAGGCUUCGAUCCCGCAGCCCCGAACGGUCCAAUUGGCGGCGCUCCUCAGCAGCCGCACGCUGGAGUCCCGCCCCCGAUGGUGCCGCCGGCCGGCAUCCCUGCUGGGUAUGGUGCACCUCCACCUCGUGGCGGCCCACCUGGGUUUGGCGGCCAUAUGCCACCCCAGGCAGCUGGUCCUGGGCGGCACAUGGGUAUGAUGGGUGGUCACGCAUUGCCUCCUGCUCCCUCCGGGCUGCCAGCUCGUCCGCCCCCUAGCAUGGGUGGGCCUCCAGGUAAUUUCCACCCCGGAAUGCCGCCAUCAGGGUUCCGUGGUCCUCCGGCCCCGAUGGGCCUGCCGCCACCCCCUGGGCAGCAGCCGCACCCAGGCUUUGGAGCACCGCCCCCUGGGUUCGCUCCACCUAAUGGAGCCCCGAUGCCCAUGCCAGGAGGCUACAUGCCUCCUCCAGGUAUGCCUGGGCCUCCAGGAGCAGCAGCCCCACCGCCCGGAUUUCCUGUUCGCCGUUGAUAUGGGAACGACGUCAGGGCUAGUAUAAUCACAGGACUGCCCGAUUAGACUUCUUUUGUCGAAAAUGCAGGGCAAGGUUCGCUCGCCAGUUUUGCAUACAUGGGUCUCCGAUAUUGAGACGGACACUUCUCGCCUCCUAGCGGCAUACCAUGGAAAGUCGAGGUGCUACGCGCACCACGCGGCCAGCCCAGUAAUGUCGCACGCAUUGCCAAAAAAAGGGUACCAGGCUCAGUGAAGGACAGACACGUGGACUCGAGUCUGCUGAUCGAUUCGGACAUGUGCAGAGUCAAGACAGAGAUGUUCGAGGAUCGGGAUGCUCCGAGCGCUCGAUCAGUACCUCGUGUACCAGACUGGGAGUUUGGUGUUACUGUCAAGCGCUUCAUUCUUUCCGAUUCACUCGCUCGAUGGGCGUCGAGCCAGAGGCCUAGAUUGUGGUCUGCGGAAUUCGUUCACAGGCCUAUCUUAGCCCUGUUGACAGCUGAUUUUUAGAGAGCAGGAAAAGCUAUGGUUGACAUUGGGAAAGCGAGGAGUUACGGCGAUUUUGCAUUUGAUGGGGACACCCCUGUAUUAUUUGUAAUUUUGUAUAUACCAUUGCGUUAUGUUAGGCAUAUACCGUAUGCAUAAUUUGAACUGCCUCGGUCAAUAAUAAUGCAGUGGGAAUCCCAUUACCCUUCUAGUAAUAAGGAUCAUACCUACGGGAGUAAUAUUAG